UGGAGAGGGCUUGGCUGUGUACAGGAUCUCUCCAAUAGGCUUUUUGGAAAUUCAUGGAUAUGUGACUUUCCUACUGGGAUAAAAAAAAAUACACGCAGCGAUGGGUAGUCAACGACAAAGAGAAAUCGUUUGGAUUCAUUGCGUCGCGUUGCUUUGUUUAUUUGACUGGUCUGCAGCGCAGAUCUCUUACUCCGUUUCAGAGGAGGUGGACAAAGGCACGUUUGUGGGGAAUCUCGCUAAGGAUUUAAACCUUAAUGUACAGGAACUGGAGUCGAGGGGUCUAAGGAUUGUAUCGGGACACAGUAGGCCUAAGAGGUAUUUCGAGGCGAAUUUGAAAACAGGAAUUCUAUAUGUUCAGGAAAGGCUAGACAGAGAGGAGCUUUGUCCGAAUACGGUAAAGUGUUCGCUAAACAUACAGGCCAUAUUGAGCCAUCCUACGCAGCUCCACCGUAUAGAGGUGAAUAUCUUUGACAUAAAUGACAAUGCACCAUCUUUCCGUGAAACCGUGAAAUUAUUAAAUAUUUCAGAAUCCUCAUAUCCCGGUGAGAGAUACCUUCUACCGGUAGCUAAUGACGCAGACACGGGCAGUAACUCGGUAAAGAGCUACAAGCUGAGCCCGAAUGAACACUUUUCCCUGGAUGUACAGAGCGGUGGAGAGCAGAGUGUGUCUGCUGAGUUAGUGCUGCAGAAAGCGUUAGACCGAGAGAAACAGCCUGUGAUCCAGCUCACCCUGACCGCUCUAGAUGGUGGAAAUCCUCCAAGAUCCGGAACAUUACAGAUUAUUGUUAACGUAAUGGAUGUAAAUGACAAUACGCCAGUAUUUAGCCAAUCCCUUUACAAGGCACGUGUUUCUGAAAACGUUGCCUUUGCGUCAUCUAUAUUAACAAUCACCGCCACUGAUUUAGAUGAGGUAAAUGGUGAUCUUGUUUAUUCUUUCAUUGAACGGGGACAUUUUAACCCUGCCGAUACAUUUUCCAUAAAUUCAGACACAGGUGAAAUUAAAGUUAAGGGAAUAGAUUUUGAGGAAAACGCUGCAUACGAAAUUCGUGUGCAGGUGUCAGAUCGUGGGCACUCUCCUCGCAGUGCCCAUGGUAAAGUGUUAGUGGAAGUUAUUGAUGUCAAUGACAAUACACCUGAAAUAUCAGUGACGUCACUUAUGAGCCCAGUGAGAGAGGAUGCUGAGUUAAUGUCUGUGGUCGCCUUGGUCACAGUAAAUGAUAAAGAUGGAGGUCAAAAUGGCCUCACCAACUGUAAACUUGUAGGCUCUGUCCCUUUCAAACUAAAGUCGAACUACAAAAACGAUUAUUCUUUAGUGGUAGACGGGCCUCUUGAUAGGGAGAGCACUGCUCAGUACAAUGUCACUAUCACAGCUACGGAUGAAGGGACCCCGCCUCUCUCCAGCACCAGCGUUAUUACUGUAGACGUUUCUGAUGUGAAUGACAACGCUCCUCGCUUCUCAGAACCAGUGAUUAAUGUUUAUGUGAAAGAGAACAGUCCGGUAGGUGACGUCAUUUAUACGACGUCUGCUUUUGAUCCAGAUUCAGAUGAAAAUGCAAAAGUGACGUAUUCAUUAUUAGAUAAAAGUGUUUCAAUAUCAUCAUCUGUAAAUAUAAACUCAGAUACAGGAGAUAUAGUCAGCUUGCAGUCUUUUAACUACGAGGAGAUAAAAACUUUCCAGUUCAAAGUUCAGGCCUCAGACUCUGGUGUUCCUCCUCGCAGCAGCAACGUGACUGUGAACGUUUUUAUUCUGGAUGAGAAUGACAACAGUCCUGGGAUUCUCGCGCCCUAUUCUGACCACGGCUCCGUUAACACUGAGAACAUUCCCUAUUCUGCUGAAGCGGGCUACUUUGUGGCCAAGAUCAGGGCUGUAGACUCCGACUCUGGCUACAAUGCGCUGCUUUCUUAUCACAUCUCUGAGCCCAAGGGAACCAACCUCUUCCGAAUUGGAACCAGCACCGGGGAGCUAAGGACUAAGAGGCGAAUGAGUGACAAUGACUUGAAAACACACCCGUUGGUCGUGUUGGUUUCUGAUAACGGAGAACCCUCACUGUCAGCGACUGUGUCUAUUGAUGUAGUGGUGGUUGAAAGUACAGGUGAAAUCCAGACUCAAUACAGAAACGUACCAAGAAAGGAGGAAAGCUUCUCUGAUUUAAACCUUUAUUUGCUGAUCGCCAUUGCCUCGGUGUCAAUUAUAUUUUUAUUGAGCCUGAUCAGUUUAAUAGCUGUAAAAUGCCACAGGACAGACGACAGUUUCAGAAGGUACAGCGCCCCAAUGAUCACCACACACCCUGACGGGAGCUGGUCUUACUCUAAAUCUACUCAGCAGUAUGACGUGUGUUUCAGCUCAGACACACUGAAGAGUGACGUAGUGGUUUUCCCCGCGCCGUAUCCACCUGCAGAUGCAGAACUGAUCAGUAUUAAUGGAAAUGACACGUUUGACAGGACUCAAACAUUACCCAACAAAGAGAAGGUAAGCUCUCUACAUAAACCAGCCUUUACAUUUCAUAUUGAAUUCUAUAUAUUUUACUCCUUUGAACUCGCAUCUGUUGGAUUAAUUCAUUUUGAAAAAGCAACCAUGGGUUGUCGAAGACAAAGAGAAGGCGUGAUUCAGUGCGUCGCGUUGCUUUGUUUAUUUGACUGGUCUGCAGCGCAGAUCUCUUACUCCGUUUCAGAGGAGGUGGAAAAAGGCACGUUUGUGGGGAAUCUCGCCAAGGAUUUAAACCUUAAUGUACACGAACUGGAGUCAAGGGGUCUAAGGAUUGUAUCGGGACAGAGUAAGAGGUAUUUUGAUGCGAAUCUGAAAACAGGAGUACUGUUCGUUAACGAGAGAAUAGACAGAGAGGAGCUUUGUCCGAGUACGGUAAAGUGCUCUCUAAAUAUAGAGGCCAUAUUGAGCCAUCCUAUGCUUCUCCACCGCAUCGAGGUGAAUAUUUUAGACAUCAAUGACAAUUCUCCGUCAUUCAUUAAAAAGGUUGCUACUUUUAACAUAACUGAAUCUUCAUACCCCGGCGAGCGAUACCCACUGCCAAUAGCGAAUGACGCAGACACGGGCAGUAACUCGGUGAAGAGCUACAAGCUGAGCCCGAAUGAACACUUCUCCCUGGAUGUACAGAACGGCGGAGAGCAGAGUGUGUCUGCUGAGUUAGUACUGCAGAAAGCUUUAGACCGAGAGAAACAGCCCGUUAUCCAGCUCACCCUGACCGCUGUAGAUGGAGGAAAACCUCCACAAUCCGGAACGCUGCCUAUUGUUGUAAAUGUCAUAGAUUCUAAUGAUAAUUCACCCUCAUUUAGCAAGCCGCUGUAUAAGGUCAGUGUGCCUGAGAAUAUACCUUUUGGGACUACAGUCUUAACACUUAGUGCUACUGAUAUAGACGAAGGACUACAUAGUAAACUUGUGUAUUCAUUCGUUGAGCGUGGGAAUCUGAAUCCUGCUGAUAUGUUUGCCCUAAAUCCAGACACUGGGGAAAUUACUGUAAAGGCGAAUUUGGAUCAUGAGGCAAAUGCUGCGUAUGAAAUCCGGGUGCAAGCAACUGACCAAGGUCCCUCACCCCGCAGUGGUUAUUCUAAAGUGUUGGUAGAAGUUAUUGAUGUCAACGACAAUGCCCCUGAAGUCUCGGUGACGUCACUUAUGAGCCCAGUGAAAGAGGAUAGUGAAAUGGGGACAGUGGUCGCCUUGGUAACUGUGAUAGAUAAAGAUGGAGGGAAAAACGGCCUCACUAACUGUAAUCUUGUUGGCUCUGUUCCUUUUAAACUAAAGUCGAACUAUAAAAACUAUUAUUCGUUAGUGGUAGAUGGGCCUCUUGACAGAGAGAGUGUUUCUCAGUACAAUGUAACUGUCACAGUUACGGAUGGAGGGACCCCGCCUCUCUCCAGCACCAGCGUCAUUACUGUGCGCGUUUCUGACGUGAAUGACAACGCUCCUCGCUUCUCAGAACCCGUGGUUCAUGUUUAUGUCAAAGAGAACAGUCCGGUAGGUGACGUCAUUUAUACGAUGUCUGCUUUUGAUCCAGAUUCAGAUGGAAAUGCAAAGAUGACGUAUUCAUUAUUAGACACAAGUGUUUCAAUAUCAUCAUCUGUAAAUAUAAACUCAGAUACAGGAGAUAUAGUCAGUCUGCAGUCUUUUAACUAUGAGGAGAUACAAACUUUCCAGUUUAAAGUUCAGGCCACAGACUCUGGUGUUCCUCCUCUCAGCAGCAACGUGACUGUGAACGUUUUUAUUCUGGAUGAGAAUGACAACAGUCCUGGGAUUCUCGCGCCCUAUUCUGAUCACGGCUCCGUUAACUCUGAGAACAUUCCCUAUUCUGCUGAAGCGGGCUACUUUGUGGCCAAGAUCAGGGCUGUAGACUCCGACUCUGGCUACAAUGCGCUGCUUUCUUAUCACAUCUCUGAGCCCAAGGGAACCAACCUCUUCCGAAUCGGAACCAGCACCGGGGAACUAAGGACUAAGAGGCGAAUGAGUGACAAUGACCUGAAAGCUCACCCGUUGGUGGUGUUGGUUUCUGAUAACGGAGAACCCUCACUGUCAGCGACUGUGUCUAUUGAUGUAGUGGUGGUUGAAAGUACAGGUGAAAUCCAGACUCAUUUCAAAAACGUACUGAGAAAGGAGGAGAGCUUCUCUGAUUUAAACCUGUAUUUGCUGAUCGCCAUUGCCUCGGUGUCAUUCAUAUUUUUAUUGAGCCUCAUCAUUUUAAUAGCUGUAAAAUGCCGCAAGACAGACGACAGUUUCAGAAGGUACAGCGCCCCAAUGAUCACCACACACCCUGACGGGAGCUGGUCUUACUCUAAAUCUACUCAGCAGUAUGACGUGUGUUUCAGCUCAGACACACUGAAGAGUGACGUAGUGGUUUUCCCCGCACCGUAUCCACCUGCAGAUGCAGAACUGAUCAGUAUUAAUGGAAAUGACACGUUUGACAGGACUCAAACAUUACCCAACAAAGAGAAGGUAAGAUCUCUACAUAAACGAGCCUAUUUCAGCAACGUGACUGUGAACGUUUUUAUUCUGGAUGAGAAUGACAACAGUCCUGGGAUUCUCGCGCCCUAUUCUGACCACGGCUCCGUUAACACUGAGAACAUUCCCUAUUCUGCUGAAGCGGGCUACUUUGUGGCCAAGAUCAGGGCUGUAGACUCCGACUCUGGCUACAAUGCGCUGCUUUCUUAUCACAUCUCUGAGCCCAAGGGAACCAACCUCUUCCGAAUUGGAACCAGCACCGGGGAGCUAAGGACUAAGAGGCGAAUGAGUGACAAUGACUUGAAAAACACACCCGUUGGUCGUGUUGGUUUCUGA